UUCCGGUCUUUCAAAAGACCUUUCCUUAAUAUUAAAUGAUUCUGAUGAUUUUAACGUUAUUAUUCAAGUUGGUGAAAUGAUCAUAUUUAAUAAACCAAAUAUUUCUCCUACUGUUUUUGAAAUGAUUUUGAAAUAUAUUUAUACGGGUGAACUUAAUUUGAUAAAUAAACCAGGUGAAGAUAUUCUUGGGCUUUUAGUCGCUUCUGAUGAGUUACUUCUUGAAGAAUUAUUUAAUUACUCUCAAAAUUGUUUAUCUUAUUUAAUUAAAGAAAAACAAUCAUGGUUUCAACAAAAUUUCGUUCACGUUCUUAAUACGAUCUCUAAACUUGCAAAUUGUGAAAAAUUGCAAGAAUAUUGUAUUGAAUCAAUUUGUAUGGACUUACAAUCAUUUAUUACUUUAAAAGGUUUUUCCAAAUUAGACAAAGAUAUUCUUUAUUAUUUACUUGAACGAGAUGACUUGCAAGUUGAAGAAACUGUUAUUUGGGAUUAUCUGAUUAAAUGGGAAUUUAAUCCUUCCGAAUUUUUUGAUAAAGUUUAUCCUUAUAAGCCAAUUUUUCCCAAACAUAUUUAUGAUGAUGUUGUAAGUUCUUUUAACAAAGGUGGGACGUUAUCGACAAAUAUUCCAUAUUUAUCACCUGGAAAAAUAAAAAUUAAAUCAAAAAUCAUCAAACCAGGACUUGCAAAUAUAAUUAAUAAUUGGAUCAAUAAAAAAAGUGCAAAAUUUGUUCAUAUUAUUAAAGAUGAUCCAUUAUAUAAUUUACAAAAAUUUGAUCUUAUUUAUCGUGGUAGUCGUGAUGGGAUUAGUAAUGAUUCAUUUAAAGAAAAAUGUAAUGGUCAAGUAGCAAGUUUAGUUUUAAUUAAAUUUAAAAAUUCGGAAAAGAUUUUUGGUGGUUAUAGUUCUAUUGGUUUUAAUACCAUUAGUAAUGAUCUUUUAAAUUUUAGUUAUAAUGAUAAAUUUUUAUUUUAUUAUUCAACUGAUAAUUUUAUUUUUUCUUUUGAAAAUAGUGAAGAUACUAGUAAUAUGAAAAUGAGUCUUGUAAUAAAUUAUUCUAAAGCUGUAUUAGAUUAUGAUCAUUCUGGUUUUAAUUUCGGUCGAGGUUCUUUAUUUAUGAAAGAUCAAAAAUUAUAUGUUAAUAAUUGUUAUAAAUUUAACCAUUUGUGCAAUAUUGAAUACCCUGAAAAUUUUGUGAUGUAA